ACGUGACUUUGUUUACAGUGAUAGGGAGACCGAGGAGGAGGAGAGCCUGCCGCCCUGCACUGCCCCGUGGAAGCCCCGAGAGCGGCCUUUAUCCUCCGUCAGUGUGAGCAGGUGACGUGUUGAGCAUGGCGGUGGCGACGGCGGGCGGGUCACGCAGCUACAACUUCAAGAUCGUGCUGCUGGGCGAAGGCUGCGUGGGCAAGACCAGCCUGGUUCUGCGCUACGUGGAGGACAAGUUCAACGAUCGCCACAUCACCACUCUGCAGGCGUCCUUCCUGACGAAGCGAGUCAGCCUCAACGGGAAGCGGGUCAACCUGGCCAUUUGGGACACAGCCGGACAGGAACGGUUCCAUGCGCUGGGCCCCAUCUACUACCGUGAGUCCCACGGUGCCAUCCUGGUGUAUGACAUCACAGAUCAGGACUCCUUCCAAAAGGUUAAGAACUGGGUGAGGGAACUCCGACGAAUGUUGGGUGAUGACAUCUGCCUCGUCAUUGCCGGGAACAAGACAGACCUGGAACGAGAGCGACACGUGUCACUGGAGGAGGCAGAAAUGUAUGCAAGAGAGGUUGGAGCUUUCCAUUUCUUGACCUCAGCCAAACUGAACCAAGGUGUGGAAGAGAUGUUCCUGGAGCUGACCCGUCGCAUGUUACAAACAGCACUGACCAACGACCAGCAGCGUAUUAACUCCCUGACCCGCGGCGGCAGCACCACCACACGCAACCUGCAGAUUGUGGACGACCAGACCGCUCCCGCCUCCGGCAAGUCAUCAUGCUGCAGCUCUUAAUGGUUGGACGCUAGGAUUAAGAGGGACCACUGAUGGCUCACGGUGUGGGAACGUGUGCCAUGGCAGGAGUGGCCCUGGCUUGAUUCACUCCUGCCAUGGCAGCCUCUUACUUAGGGAGAUUAGUCAUUAGAAUUUAUUCACCUAUCUUCCCCCUUCUUUCAUGUGUGAUAUUUAUUCCUCCCCGUACAUGGCUGGCGCUUCUUGUUUUCAACUUGUGGUCCAAUUCUGGUCUGCGAGAAGAAAAGCUCGCAGCAACGACAUGAGCACCUGAAUGAUGCUGUUUUAAGAUUUGUGGCAAUGAUUUUAAGUGACAAAGCCCCAAGGAGUGCAUUCAGGGCUGAGUUACCUUUAUAUAUGUACAUUUUUUUUCUGAAUACUCAUACUGUUCUUACCCGAAGCAUUAUGCAUUCUUGCAGCAUCAAAAUUUCCAUGCAGUAAUAGUAGCAGUCAAUACACUGUCUGCAGAAAAUACUUCAUGACUCACUUGGUCAUUGAACUCUCAAGGCUUCCAUAGGACAAUAAAACCAAUGGAAAGGACCACAUGCUGUCUUUGUCAGUCUCCCUCAGCUUUGAUUAGGGUCUCAGUCUCCCUGGCAUGUUGUCAAGUAGUGUCAGAAAGUACUCAGUCCAUAUCCUCACAUCAAAUUUCCUAAGAUGAUUUAGAUAGUACAGUUAAUUGGCUUGGUGGAGUUUUGUUUUUUACUUCACUCCAGUAACUCUUAAUAUCAUGUAUGUUGUGGGGAUUGUCCUGGAUUCCAAACUGCUUACAUGUCUCUUUUUAGCUGUUGGUUGCUGUAUUGCCUUGUAAGUGGGCAACUCCAUUCAACAUAUAUUUCUGCCAUGAUCCUGCAGGCAAUUCAUGCAAAAAAAAAAUAAAAAAGAAAAAAAAAUCCUUUCCCCCCAGCAUCACUGAAGUUAAACAUUGAAAGUGAUGGCUUGCAGUCCUUAGUGUUCUCGUAACUCCUUGUCUUGAUGUGGUGUACAAGAACUGAGCUCCACUUCUCCAAAUGGUACUCAGUCAUCACUCAGUUGUCUAAUAUUUACCUUUAGAAAAAGCAAAUAUUUUUUUUGCUGCAUGGCUGUGACAUGCUGAGGAUUAAGAUCAUAGAAGACACUGGAAAGGCAAUAUGGAAAAAGCUUGAGUCAUAAUGCAACCAUAAUAGUUUGAAAGGACAGGCCUAUAAUUCCUUCCCCUUCUGUCUCUCUCUGGCAUAUGACCACAGAUGUUGCGCCGACUAAACGAAACUUUCCAACUUUGAAAGGACAAGGAUAAAAAAAAUGUUCUUCUGUCAUAAUAAACCAAAUUCAGUUGUAUUGCUCUUUUCUAUUGGUUGUACAAUUGUUAUAUGUUGUCUGUGUAGCUCCAAAUACUAUAAGGAUGCAGUUCUAGUAUUAACCUAGUGUUUGGAGCCCCAAGGCACACUCCUGCUAGUCUUGGUACGAGGAUGCAUUGCUGCUAUGCCUUAAGCCACACCCUUACUAGUCUGUAGGUCCGAGAAGCCAAACACAUGAUCAAGAGAAUGAAAUAAAUGAAAAAAAUAUAUCAAGUGGAGAAAAAGGAUUGAAGAGGAUGAACUUUGAAGCUUUCAGAACAUCCAUGGCAGUUUAGGGAAUACACUUUUGUUGAGCCUUGAGUGUCAUGUCUAUCCUAAAUAGUAAGUAUUAAAGUAAAUUAUAAAACUUAAUUUUGUACGAGUAAUCUUUAAAAAAAAUCUAAUCUGCCAGAGGGCCACUGGACAAUAGUAUGCUCAGGGGAAAGCUGCCAAACUUUAUUUUUUUGCAUAUCUAGCACCGUAAAUUCUGUCUUGAAUUUUAAAUAUUUAAUUUUUAUUGGUAAGAAAAUGAAGGGCAUCUUGUUUAGAAGCAGAAGUAGCAUAAAAUAUGUUUGAACAAAAUAAAUCAUUUCAGCAUUUUUUAAAAUUAGUGGACAAAAUAUAUCAAAGGGUUGCAUGUUGCAAUGAUAAAUGAAAAAAGGACUGUUGCACAAAUUUCAUAUUUUCUUCAGUGAGUCCAAGAAUAUGCAAAAAAUAUUUUUCAAUGUGUAUUGGAAACAGUAAUACUAGUAGGUAUAUUAGUAGGACACUUAAUAAGAAAAUUUUUAGAACUUAAAAUUAUUAACCCCCUUACAUAAAGUUUGAUAAAAAAAACAUUGCCAUCCUUUUGUACACCGAUGAACUGAUGAUGAACAUGGAAGUCACAACUGUGUGGCUUGACUUUGAACUGAAAUAAAAAAAUUAGUUUACAUCUCAGCAGUCAACGAGCUGAGCACCAUUGACAGUAUUGAAAAUAAUGGUGGCAUUGCUGCAGCGUGAACACCCCAGACGGGCCACACACCCGGGUCUUCUUCACCCGGAAAUAUUGGCAGAACUUUGUAACCAUAACAACUGUGUCGACCUUAACAUAUCAGGUUUCAUAUUCUUGCCGGUUGAUUGUCUCAAAUUUGAAAGAAAAUUCAUCCACUCCUGAUGGAAUGUUUGAAAUGAUAUUCAUUUAGAUUCUCAGUGGACAGACUGAAUCAGAAACUCCAAAUAAUCAUUACUAAAUUGACUUAAAUUAUGCCAUUAAGGUUUUAAAUAUAUGACAAAUUAAAUUAUGUUUUACAGAUCCUGUUUGAUUGGAAAAGUCUAUUUAUUUUUCUUAUUUAACACCAAGAUUAGUUUGAUUUUUUUCUCUUUUUCUCUAUUAAUCACUCACAUAUGGCAGUUUUAUCUUAUAUAAAUUUCACUUCAUGAUGCUGUGUAUGUCAAUAUAUAUAGGACCUAAUCUUUGGUAUAUAUGAGGCAAGCGUAGAAGGGCAAAAGUAAGUGUACUAUUUUCUGUGUGCUGAUGAUGCAAGAGUAAAAGGAACAGUGGUGGAGAAAGAGGACGAAAGGCAAACAUAAAAUCUCGGCUCAAUGAAAUGAAGUAUGCAAAGAAACAGCAACAAAAGUACUGAGAGUUUUUAGUAACCACCAACUGAAGAAAAAACUUCAUACUUAGAUGUCUGAUACCUCAGGACUCAACUGUGUCUCCUUAGCUUUUGAAUGUAAAUAGAAGACAUUGAUCACAUCCAAGUUACCGCAGUUUACUCACGGUAAUAUAACCAUUUAUGACCCAAUUUACAAGAGAGGAAGAAUGGCUUGUUGGAAUGACCACUGACCACUUGGGCCUCAAUUUGAAUUGAACUCCACAGAAAUGCAACUCAAUGUGCUGUAAUCCAUUGUGUCAAAAAAAUGACAGUACAUAAUUCUACAUUUAUUCAUGUUUUUCCCAUAUUCUGGAAUUGAAGAUGAACAUUUAGGACAUCAUCUGGUAAAAAAAUCUUGCCAUCUUUGUGUAGCUUCAUGCGUAAGGCUGUGCAAGUGGGUCGGGGAAGGCAGUGACACACGGCAGCUGGGAGGCUGCAGGCUGUGGGGGAGGAACAGGGGACAUGCUAUAAUGCUAGUAAAGUUAGGACAUAUACUAUAGCUGUGUGUGGCCUCAGUUCUCAGCUCCAUCUCAUUGGCCCUUGAGCCUAUAGCAGGUCAGAACCCAUUCUCCCAGGACACAGCAAGAGUAACAUCUGUGUUAGCGCAGUUUGCCUUCAGCAGGUUUCCCUGAGAACCUGUUCAGCGACCAGUUCAAAAGGGAGGGUGAACAUCUGGGUGGGCUGUUCACUGACUGCCCAGGCCAGGAUUCAAACCUGAGCCUGUGGAUUCAUAGCUGGGCACACUAACCACUACACCACAGAGGCUACUUUAUUGUUAUAUAUGUUUCUGACAUAUGUAUAUGUGCAUUAUAACAUGAUCUCUAUUUAUUAUAGAUUUACAUAUAUUUUCGCAUUCUGUAAUGUACGUAAUAUAUAGCUAUACAUAAAUAGAAGAGCAAAACAUUUUUAUGCAUCAAAUUAUAAAAAAAAAGAUUUUUUAUGGUGAGCCACACCACAACUGGUGGGGCGGGGGUUGUCAAAUCCUUAACUUAUGUUGCCCUAACGAUCCAGACGCCUACUGAGGCUGGGGCACAGCAGGAUAAGAUGAAGGGUUCCCCAACACACUGCUGGGGAUACUUUAUGUCUACUGUGGAAGGAACUUUUGUGAAACAUGCUUGAACUGAGUUCAGCCUGAGCUGUGGAAGAAAAAAUUAGAUCAACAAGGAACACCUCAGUGUUAUUAAUUUAUAAUUUGCCCUCUGAAAAUAAGUGAGCUUACUCUACUGAGUGGGCAUGAUGCUGGCCAAGCCAGGUGAGGUGGAGAUAUACAGACAGAUUGGGUUCAGCAUUUUCCCUCACCUCUCAGUCACUCAUUAAGGCUUGGUCCUGCCCAUUGUGACAAUGAAUGCAUGAAGUAUGUGCAUGACAUAAGAGGAAGUGGAAAGUGUCAUCACAUCUGUGUCAGUCUCAAACAAUGUGAGGAGUCAGUAAGCUGCUGGGCCUUCAGCCAAGCAUCACACACCAACUCCUUUUGUCAUCCAGCCACUCAUCCUCUCUGAUGGCUGAAGUAAAACAAUGCACUGUAGUUGGUGAUUGACGAGUACAGUUCCUGCAGCUUGGACAGGCUUUGAUGCUGAUGGAAAUAUCUCUCUGUCUAAAAUAUAUAAAGAUAUGAAAUGCAUUGAAUAUGUCAGUGUGGCUUUACUGUAAUUUACUGUUGGCCUCAAAUCACUUGUAUGUAGUAAUAUUGAGCUUAUCAACAUUACAAAGCCUAUAUACCAUCUUGCUAAGUGUUCAUGAGGUUUCAUAAUAGUGGUUAUCCUGCUUGUUGUUUUGACAUGCAAGUUAGUGCCACAUAAAACUGAAUAUAUUUAUAACAUUCACAAAUAUGCAAAAUGUUUUCAUGUAAUCUUAGCUGUACCAAGGGUGGACUUCACUUAGCUUCUGGAUUUCAUAGUUUGUUUCACAUUUGUUAAGAACACUUACAGUUUCAUACACAUUCUUAUUGUAUACCUUCCAGGCUCUUAGGGUGCGGCCACACUGCGCGCGGUUUGCUGGGAGGGUAGAGGGUAGCGGGAUGCCUAGUGGGUCAGGCAAGAACAAACACAUGUUAUCUAAUACGAGUGGCCAUACCGGACACGGGUAGCAGGUUCCCCCCAAGCUUACCCACUCGUAUUAGAUAACGUGUGUUUGUUCUUGCCGCUGAGCCGCUAGGCAUCCCGCUUCCCUCUACCCUCCCAGCAAACCGCAUGCAGUGUGGCCGCACCCUUAGUCAUGGUCAUAGAAAAAGGUUGCGGUACAUAAAGCUGCUGUUAUAUAAAUUUGAUGACAAGCACUUUGUAACUAAUAUUCACAACGUUCAUUUUAACAAUGCACAGUUGCUUAUCAGAGAUGAAAAAUCAAACAGCAGGGUAACAAAAAUAUAACAACAAAAAAUGCUGGCAAUGUCAGUACACCAAGUUCUGCUAAAAAUCUUCAUGCAUUUAUUUGAUCCAUGACAAACUGCAUGCUUAUAACUUUCACGAGUGCUCAUGGAGUGAGCAAAACAGUUUUCAGAAGAUAAGACUGUAAUGUUUCAUCGGGCCAAUGUUUCUAUGUGCAAAAUCUGUAUAACUAUUUGUAUAUACCUCCCUCUUGUGUAUAUUAGCUUGCUUAGGUGAAGCAGACAUGUGUAUACAUAUUUAGUUUUAUCAUAGAGUAAAUACAAUCAGAUCUUCACCACAACCCUCGCUACUUAGUGUCCUGCCGUGGCCGCCACCGAGGCAGCUCCAUCUUUCUGCUCCACUCAGCAGUGUGUGCAUGUUUGUCAGUGAUGUAGCUGGAAGAAUACUUGCUAGCUGAAAACUUUGUUAUAUGUAAUAUGUAUUUUUCAAUGAACUGUAAGGCUUAGGAGCUGCAUGAUUCACUAAGUACUUCUGUUAAGAUUUUUUAUUAACAUAUAUGGCCUAAGUCUCAAUGAAUGAGUGGAACAUUAAUCACAAGUUUGUUAUAGAGAACUGCAUCUGUGAUAUUAAUUAAUGCAUUGAAUUAUAAAUAAUAUUUCCCCUCACUGAUGAUGGUUUGUCUACAACUGAACCAUAUGUAAUUAUGAGUACAUCUGAUUUGUGUCAUUACAGGUGCUUGAUGAUUUACAUUACCAUUAGGAGACAAAAUAAGUAUUUUUGUACAUAUAUUGGCUUCUGUUUGUCUGAAUUUAUUACUCAGGUUAACUGCUGUUGCUGGGGAAUGAAACAACAGCAAACCCUCCAUAAAUCAGACCAUUCAGGAGAAGACCUUAUCCAAAACAGUUGAAAAUCUGAAAUAUCCCAAUUUAAAAAACUCAUGUGUACCCAAGCAAGGCUGUUCCAGAGUUAACCAGCAAUUUUGAUUUAUUCUUGCAUAAAAGACUAAGGGCUACUUUCACAGUCAUUUUGUUUGUUUCAAUCGUUACCAGUGGCGGCGAUCGUUGCUAUAGUGUUUCCACGUAAAACUGUCCGAUGGGGUAGUGGCGGCUGCGGGGUUAGCCUAGCCCCGCACCUUGCCGCACACUCUCAACACCUCUCGCUUCCUCUGCAGUCACCACUAGGCACCCAUAGGCCAGUUUCACGUGGAAAACUAUAGCGUCCAUCGCCACCAUUGGUAAUGAUCAAAACAAACAAAGUGACUGUGAAAGCUGCACUAAGACACCAGAGUGGACCCGGAGUAGAGCAGGACUGUAUAAAUAUAGCUGUACGAUUCUGAAGUAUACUGUUUUGUGCAACGGGGCAGCAAGAGUAAGGUGGCGGUGGUUGUAAACAAGGCACAGAACAGAUAAAUAGGAGGCAUGCCGUGUGCAUCAGGAAAGCUAAUUUUGGGUGCAUACGUUAUGAGUUGUAACUAGUGCUCAGAAAUCUCAACCCGGUAGCAGCGGGGACCAUGUUUCUUAAUGGUCCCUCCAAGCGAGAAAAAUGAGAAAAAAAUCGCCCCUCACACAAACCAUUUCAUAAUAUAUGUCAAAGCAUUUGUGAUCAGAUUAUGUAUCAUCUAUUUUGGGGGUUUAUAUCACGGCACAAAUUUGGCCUGUCGCUGCUACACAGUAAAGCCACACAUUUGGCCUGUCGCUGCAACCAGGUUAACUACUGUUGAAUUUGAAAAUUAAUUAAAUUAUUCCGUGUGUCUAUAUCAUCGAAAAACAAAAUCAACCAAUGAGUAGCCAUGUUCCUCAUACCCUGUGCCAGUGAGGGUUCAAGAGGGACAUGAGACAGGCAGCCUUUGUUUUGAUAUGACACAGUGUGGACUCGUGCCAAAUUCCUGGCUAGUAACCCGAUCUUUGACUGAUUUACAACAUCAAGAGGAGCGUAUCAGGACCUCUCUUCUGGCCACUCCUCUUAGCUCUUUUUAUAGGAGCAGUGAUUUGUGGACUUUUUUCUUAUUAUUGUUUUCUUUUUUUUGCCUUUGAGCUGUUUCCUUUACUGUAAAAAAAGAAAAUCAAUCCCAACCCUGUCUGGACACUGUAAAUCCUGGAGUUUGGUACAGUUUACAGAUAUGUGCCUGGAACCCUGAAACUUGACUUGACUUAAUUGCGUAGAUCGUAUCGACCCCUUGCUCUCCGAUCCAUGCCAGCCUCCAACGUUCGUCUCCAUUCGUCCCUGUCAGUGGCGAUGUUCUAGACCGUCGGUAGUGGGAGACCUCUGUCUGAUGGUAUUUGGUCCUUCCAUCUUUUCGGUGGUCUUCCUCUCCUAAAAUCUCCAUCAUAUGCUUUUUUAACAUAGCUGGCCCCUGGUUUUCGAACACUGAAAGAGUCUGAUUUAUCUGAUUUCCAAAGUAUGGAGGUCCGAUUUAUGGAGGGUUCACUGUAGUUAAUGUUAAUAUAUAUGUAAAUAAUAGAACACUUGGAAUUAAUUAAACUGUUAAGCUAAGUGCUGAGAUAACUACUUUGACCAAAAAAAAAUAAUGCUUCAUUGGCUUUUGUUGAUCUUAUGUUUUCUGGGCCACCUUUCAGGCAUUUUUGUUAAGUUGUGUAAUGAACUAAUGUACAGUGAUAUUGUAUGGCAAAUUUGUUAAAUUCUUAAUGUUUGUUACUGUAUGUUGUAAAUGUUCCUUUCCAGCCUAACAACUUUAUUUUUUAUGUAAGCACAGAUAGUUACUUGAGAUUAUUUACACCUAAUGAUCCAAAUGCAAUGAGAAAUCUGAGUUUUAACAUACCUGUCAUGUACAGUUUCCUUUGAAGCUCCUACUGAACUUGUUGGCUGAAUUUCUAACAAGUUAGUAAACUUAGGACGAGACUCCCUCGAGGACAGGCAGUGCUGUUGUCUGUCAUCUGCUCCUUGCAUUCUGUCAGCCGGGCUUGCUCAGAAAGAGUUUUUGUGUUUCUCUCUCAUUAUAGAUAUUUUUAUAACAAAGGAGCUCAAGGGCAAAAAAAUAAAGAGGAAAAUGCCUGCUAUAUCGCUGCCCCUGCAAGCAGAGAACAUAAAGAGUAGCUGAGAGCGAGCUUAGAUUCAGUUACAGAGGUGUUUUGGUAUUCACCUCUUGAAAGCCUCCAAGUCAUAGGAAGGAGGAAAUACAGGCAAAGGCUCUUCUGGAGUUUACAAGUAAAAAGAAGGAAGGAAGGAUGUUGGUCACCUCUUGCUUUGGACUUGGACAGCAUAAGGGUGAGCUAGAAUAGAAAGUCCUGUGCAGCAGGGCGGCAGGAGUGGAUAAAUGCACUUAGCAACUUCUCAAAAACAUUAUUUUGGAAAUCGAUAUUGACAAACUACCAUGUUGUUUAAUUGUGGCUAGAUGAGUUAUCCAUCUACUUUGUCAUGCAAUGAUCUGGAGCUGUGGCACCAUGAAUGGAUGCCCCCACAUCCAGUUGUCAGGCUGUGUAUUGUAUUCAUUUCUGAUACAUCUAUUAUGACAUGCAUGACUUAUUUUUUUGAUAAUCAUGAAAAUAAUAUAUUGGUGUACUUUUUGGUGACCUGCAAAUUUGAUUGACUUGUUUUAUUUGUCACGAUGUAUAAUGUUAAUGUAAUGAUAUAAAAAAACUUUUACAUAGCAUUCUGUCUUGGAAUCAGGCUUAGAAUGUGGAUGAUCACAAGGGCAGUAUAUAUUUGAUAAGUGAAACAUAAAUUUAGUACUCAUAAAAUAUAAGAAAUAUUCAGCUAAUGUUUAGUACAAGGAAUAGCAAAAAUGUUGUCUUUUUAUUCCUUAACUCACAAGAAAUAUGAUAAAAACUAUAUCAGGCUGAUCAUGUUGGAGGUAACCAGAUUGUUUUAAACAUCUCAAAUUUAUCUAUUCAUUUUCAAGCUCCUGGAGUCUUGAUGACAGGCCAGAGCUAGAUGAACCUUCAUAAUAAUGGACUGUUGGUGUAUUUUGCUACUAUUUAUACCAAAGUUGUAGAAAGUAAAGAAAUAUUCAAUA